AUUUAAUAACGAAACAUAACGAAACGAAACGAAACGAAACCAAACGAAACGAAAUGAGUGAUCAAAUUAAAACUAAUGAUAAACCGUUUUUAGAUAAUAUUAUUAACAGUUACGUACACCCUUAUAUUAAACCACCGUUUCCUCCACUUAUUGAUCCAAAAGAUUUAAUAUCCAAAUCCAUCAUUGGGAAUAAACCAAAUCGUGCACCAAAUGCUUUUAUCAUUUAUCGUAAAAUGUACGUUCGUGAAGCUAGAAAUGAAGGAUAUUGUUUCCCAAUGACCGUUCUUUCUUCGAUGGUUAGUCAAUCUUGGGAAAAAGAACCGGAGGAAGUUAAAAUUUAUUAUAAAAAACUUGCUAAAGAAGCUUUCGAUUAUCGUAAUAAAUUAUUUCCUAAACCUGAAAGUAAAAGAAAGAAACGAAGUAAUU